AUGAGGUUGUUAUGGAGUACCUUGCAAGAGUUGGCCACCACACAUCAGACAUUGAGCGAGUCUGCCAAGUCCGUCACAGAAAGCUUCAAACAACUUCAUGACAUGCUUAUCAUUGAGGAGCACAAGAUAACAUCGCCCAUCCUCGAUCGAGUGCAACAGGCCGCAACAACUAUGCACAACAUCAUCAAUGAGAUCAAGAUGAUCAACUCUGUAUUCAGACCAUCCACAUGCACACUUGACCGAAAGGACAUUGACAUGGAGUUGGACAAAGUGCUGAAUCAAUUGCAUCAUGCUCAUCACUUGAUCAGUUCAUCACUUGAUCAGUUCAUCGAACAGACAUUCCCCAUCCAACACUCGGACGACGCCAUCUCAAUCACUGACAUGGAGGUGCUGACAUUGCUGCAGCGAACAAUCGAAAAGAUGAACUCAUCACACCAUCAGUUGGUUCGUCGGUGUACUUUGCAUGUGGACACUCGCACAUUGGACAGCAUUAAGGAUCAGAUAAGAACAUGCUACCAGCUGUUGGAGGAGGAGAACACGAGUUAUACACAUGGUCACGAAGGCCAGAUCAUGUGUAUGAGUGGAGACUCAUAUUCAAUCUUCACGCCCGUCACUGACAAAUGGUCCAAUGUCAUUCAGGAGAAAAUCAAUGAAAUCAUUCAAGUGUGCAGUUCGGCAGUGUACGCACGUGGCAACAUCUAUGUCUUUGUAAUGCCUACGUAG